AUGCCCAAGUUGAAUAUUCCAAGCGAUAAAUCUGAUCAUAAUCCACCCAAGAGAAUACUCACUUCUAAGCCUUUCUGCGACUGCGUAAACUGCUCAUGCGAGGAAUGUCCUGACGUCUUAAAAAUGCUCUCAAUCACUGUCACUACCUGUCAUUUCGGUUCUAAGGUGGUCAAAGCCCCCGAGAGUGAUCCAUGUGAGUCAACAAAGGCUGUGAACCCCCUCGACGUAAUAAACCCAAACAGGAGCUGUAAUUGUGACGUGGUGGCGCGAGGAAUUCGGGACCAUGUACACAUGAAUAUUGGGAUGUCAGAGCGCCGCGAUGAAAUUAAACGGCUCAUAGAUGAAUGUGACGCACGAUGCGAUCAGAAUUGUAAAGGAUCACCAGAGUCAUACUCAGAAAGUAAACAAGACACUGAUAAGAAAGCCGCUGAUAGUAAGAAACCCGCUAAAAGUAAGACAGGGGAUAAAACAAAUAUAUGCAAAAUUUGCGGAUCGGUAUCUAAAUGA